AUGGAACCGCUAACCAUCACCGUCGGCGCUGUCUCUCUAACCGGGACAAUCACCAAAGCUAUCUUUACCAUCAACACCUUUGUGCGAGCCGUCCGCGACGCUCCUAGCGAUAGGGAUGCCGUCAAGAGCGAGCUAGUCACUUUAAAAACCGCUCUCGACGGUCUAACCGACGACUUCGAGUCAGCGGACCCGACCUCGGGGGAUGAACCCAUACCAAAAGUCGUCCAGACUCACAUCGUGAAGAUCAUUGGGAGUUGCUAUGACGUGGUGCAUGCUAUUGAGGACCUGCUUCAAGAGCAUUCGGGAAAUGGUGUGAAAAUGAAGGCAAAGUGGGCUUUAAGUGGGAGUGAUGAUAUGGCGAAGUUGAGGUCGAAUCUAGAGGCGCGUAAGUCGGCUUUAGAGCUGGCGCUGGAUGUGGUUGUGCUUGCCAUUACGAAAGAUAUCAGGAGGGAUACUGGCGACAUCAAGCAGGAUACAAGAGAUAUCAAGGACACCACCGAAAACAUCAAGCGGGAUAUCACAGAGCUCAAGAGCGAUGCAGGAGCUCUUCACGAACACUCCACUGCUAUCAAAACCGACACGUCUCGGAUUCUGGAAGAGAUCCUGCGAUUGCAAACUCUCCUCCCAGACAAUGUUCUACAGUCCUUCGGUGACAUGUCUAGCUAUGCCGAGUCUGUCCUGGACGCGUCCCCGCGGCAUUCCAUCGACGAACCAGAACACCCCAAGCUGAAAGAAGAUGGCACCGACGAAAAGAGGACGACGAAUGGUCCAUCUAGAUCCGUCCAGGACUCGUCUCCACGGCAUUCUGCCAAUCGGAAUCCGAAACGGCUCACGGAUGAGGAUACCAAAUCCCACCUUCGAUCCGACUCCGUCUGGGCCACGGAUAGAGAAAAGGAAACCAGCAGGCAAUCCAGACGAAUGCUAACUCAUGAGCUGAGCCUCGGUCAAAACGGAUCGAGCUUCCCCAGGAGUGAUACCUCUGGCGGGGCAGCGGCAAGUACAACGAGAACAACCCUCCAAAAGCCUGAAAAGCAAUCCCAACUAUCUUCCAUUCACCAGCAAGGCCCGGUCCCGAGCGAAUCGAGCACCCUCCAGAGUAGCAGCCAUAUCUCGGCUGACCCAACGACAAGCGCAAUUAGAAAGGCCUGCGAAGGUCUGGACAUUGAGAACAAAAAAGAGCCUGACAGCCAUUCCGAGUUAGUUUCGUUGUUCAAUGAUCUUAAUUGUGUCACUCUGAACGGUAAAGAGCUCAACAUCGACAUUCACCAGAAUAAACUCGGUCCACAACCAGGGGACGUCCAGAUAUCCCUCGAGGGGCUCAAGAGAUACGACAGAGCGCACACAGAAGAAGUUAUCCGUCUAUAUUCUCAAUCACAAGACCCGACGGAGAGGCGAGUCCUUCACAUCCUCCAGCAGAUGCUCGACUCGGACAUAUCACCGUCCCUGAGUGUAAGUCCCAUAGGAAACAACAUACGCCAUCUUCGAGGGACCAUCCUUGGCCCUUCUGAUUCACCUUACGCGGGCGGCAUUUUUCAUGUUGAGAUUGUCCUCCCAGUAGGAUAUCCGUUCAUGGAACCUCUUGGGCAAACGCUCACAGGUGUUCCGUUUCCCCGUUAUCAUGGAUUCUUCAAAAAGGAUUGGCCCCACCUUUGGGAUCCGUCGGCGUACCCCUGGGCGCGCUAUCACAUGUAUCUUGACCGUAUACUCUCUAGCUUUCACAAGAUGCUCGCUCGGGCAAAGCAAGAAAGGCCUUGGCUAGAACCCAGGGCGUCAGAAUUUCACCCCAACGCCCUACACCCAACGGGCUUUUUCUACACUUCUGAGCAGAGAGUCCGGGAAAUGACCAACAAAUUCGCCCAGCCGGCCCAAAAGCUUUCCCUUCCACUGGUCGAUGCACUCGAAAACGCGACAUCGUUAGCUGCCAAGUUGGAGGAGUGCAAGAAAUUGAAGCCUGGCCCAGCUGCCGAUCAAAUGGUGGCAUUAUCAUCUGCCCGGCUCGGCGCCUUCCUGGUGAAGGAGGGCACUACGCUGAAGCUUGACGAGGCGACAAAACUGCUCAGGGGGGCGCUCAAGAUAUUUCGAGAGCGUGGUCAAUUUCAAAUGGGCGAGCGUCCUUUCAGGUGGCGAUGUAGAAAGGAGGACGAUAACCCGGGACUACUCUUCGCGAUGAGUAGCCUUACACAUGCGCUUUGUCUCAAGGGGGAGUUGAGCGAAGGGGCGGCGCUUGGAAAAGAGUAUCUCGAGCAGCUAGCACUUACCUAUAGGCUCCACCCUUCUUUCGUCGAGUUCGAGAUAGGGGAGAUGGAGAAGCUGUUCGCUGUGACCGGCCCCGGGACCAACCCUCCCGUAGUCGACUUGGAGAACCUCAAGAAGGAAUUGGAAAAGAAAUGGGAAGAGUGGGAGAGGUGCUAUGAAUCGGCAUGACGAAAUCGAUUGGCUGAGUUCAGCAUCGUGUGCGGAACGGACGACGGAAGACAAAAAUGAGCUAGGCGAUUUCUGCGGACAGAGAGGCCCGCGACAUCUUUUAACCGAAGCUCAUCGGGUUACGCGCAAUAGUCACCUUCAAGCCUGCCUUGCCUGACCACUGGAUCUGACAUUGAUAUGAUGUGGUUUAGCUAGGGGCGGCAUUUCUUUAAUCAGAU